AUGAUGCGAGUUGCAGUAAUCAUUCUAGCCUUCUACACAAUUUUCUGCUACAGCUACAAUUAUGCUGUGGCCACCCUGAGUCACAAGCAAACAUCAACCAGCAUCAAGCUGGACCUGUUCAACAAGGCACCGAUUUUCCAGCACAAUACCUGCGCCUGUAGUGCGGAAGCGCAGUUGGUUGGAAAUGGGAACCCGACAAAAGAAUCUACCAUUCCAUCGAACGUAUGUCACUGCCGAACGUGUGUAGCACGGGACUCCGACGAACGUGGAAAUCCACAUCUCCAUUGCGAAGAAAGUACCAUGACGGAGGAAGAGUUCCGAUCGCUCCAGGCCCAGAACAUGGCCACCGAAGUUCCAUCCUUGGAUGGGAACCAUCAAUCGAAGCGAAAGAAGCGAUCGCCAUUAUCGUGGGAUGAACUGAUGCAGAAGAUUGCUCUAAUGGGAAGCCACGACAGUACGUACACCAAACGGACCCAGGGAUACUUCCACUUUAAUUAUGUCAACAGCAGUACAGUGUCUACUACAACACAGGCCGGUAGAUGAUAAUUCCGUUCUGAAUAGCCCCAAGUUGAACGAACGGUGAAGGCAGCAUGUUAAAAGCUCAAAAGUGUAAUAAA